UAUUGCAAAUGAUACUUCAUUAAUAGGCUUGGAAGAAUCAGUUUCUUUAGAAGGCAUAUUAGGCACUACUCCACUUAUAAGCCCAAUAGGUAGUUUAGAUGUCUUAAAAGUUUCAGGAUUCCCAAAUGUUAAAACAACUGGUGCUUCGGCUUCUUCUUUUACAUAG